AAUUUAUGUCAUAUUAGCAACAACGCGUUUAAAGUAUUCAAGAAUAUAAGUAUACUUCUGAAACAAAAACAGUACGUUCUAAUACACCAUAAACUCGUGAAACAAGAUAUUAAAUACAUGAAACAUCUAUUGAUAAUAUAAGAUCUACUCCAGAGAGCAGAUAAUCUAAGGUUACUCCAUAAAUCUGUCAAUUUUUAAUGGCUUGUGAAAUUGAAAGAUUAGGAUCUGAAAAUGAAAAAUUACGUUUUAGAAUUAAAGAAAUAUAGGAUAAUACAUAAGAUAGACAUCAUUUGGAAUAAUAAAUUAUAGAUCUAACUAAUAAAUUAAAUGAAACUAUCAACAUUGUGGAAACAUAUAAAUUUGAGAAAUCGGAACUUUACAUAUAAAUCACAACCUUAUAAGAGGAAAUACAAUAAUAAAAAGAUCUUUAAAAUAAUUAUUAUGAAAGUAGAGUAGUUAAUCUAUCCAAUCAAAUAGAUGAUCUCACUUUAUAAUUAAGAGAAUUUGAAACUCUUAAAUUAGAUGAAAUGCAAGUUCUUAGAAAUUAAUUAGAAUCUGAAAUGAAAACAGAAAUUGUACUAUUUAAUUAUAUUACAUUAGGAAAAAGCAAUCUAAGUUUAGGAACUUAAUUCAUAAUAUUAAAGAGAAUUUUUAGAGGGAGAAUUAAAAAAAAUAAAAGAAUUGUGUAAUUAAAAAUAAAGAGAAAAUGAUGAAUUAAAGAAUGUUAUACUCUAAAAAGAAAUUAAUAAACAAAGAGAAUUAGAAAAUUAAUUAUAAUCAUAUAAAAAUGAGACAGAAAGAGUUAAUCGAUUAUUAAUUUAAAAAUCAGAAGAAACUGAAAGUUGGAAAUAAAAGUAUCUUAAAUUAUAAUUGGUAAAUGAUGAUUACAAAAGAAUUUAACAAGAAAAUUAUUAAUUAAAUGAUACAAUUAUUGGUUUAGAAAAUUAAUUAAAAUAAAAAUAAGAAUAAUUAAAUUAAUACAAAUAAUAAUUAGAAAAUGCAAAUAAUUGUAAUUUAAUUUAGUAUUAUAUAAAUAGAAUUUUUAAGUGAGAAAAGCAAAGUGAAUUAAGUCUUAACAGAAUUAUAAGAUAUUUAAAAAAAGAAAUCUGAUUUAGAAGGAAGAAAUAAAAGUCUUUUAGCUGAAAUUGAUAAAUUGAAUCAAUUAAUAAAAUAAAAAGAAUAGAUCACAAUUACUUAAACAACAAAGUAUUAUUUAUUAAUAAUAUUAAUUAGAAUUGAAGAAUUCUAAAGUACUGUUAUAUAAUAUAGAAAUACAAUAGAGGACAAAUCUUAGGAAAUUGAAAAUUUAAGAAAAUUAUUAACUAAAUUACAAUAAUAAAUAAUUUAAUUAGAAGAUUAAGUAGAAUAACUAAAAAAAUUUUAAGAGAAUGUAAAAUAAUAUUUUUAAUUAUUUAGUGUAGAGUAUUAUCUGCAGAAAUUGAUAGAUUGAAUGAUGAAAUUAAUGUUUAAGAUCAAGAGUUAAGAUAAUGGAGAAUGUAAUAUGCAGAUGAAGGCUCAAUAAUAAAAAAAUUAUAGGAUUAAUUAACAAUAAUAGUUGUUUUAGCUAGUGAAAUUGAAAGUUUACGUUUAAGAUUGCAUGAUAAAGAAAUUGAGGUAGAAGAAGUAAGAAGAUCUAGUUUAGCACCUUAUAAAAUAUGAG